AUUAUUAAAUCCAUUCAAUAAAGCUGAGAGUGAGUGAGGGAGAGAGAGCGAGAGCGAGAGAGAGAGACGGGGAGGGAUUAGAACCCUGCACUAUCCUUAUUUCAGCUUCGAAUUUCAGACCUCUGUUUGGAGCUUAGGUCUGAGAGAUUAGGGCAAAAUCAAGAACAGAGAAACAUGGGAGUAGAGGUUCUGGCGCUUUCGCUUCCGUCUCCGGCCUCUCAAUGGGAGCGGGUAUCAUCAUCCCACCAGGCUAGUACUCGAGGUAUAAUUGAGAUGGGGAGCGGGGAACUCAGAGCUUCAAAUUUGACCUGUCAAGCUUCAUCGUCAUUCAGGCCAUUGCCACGACCAACAUGUGCAACUCAAAUGUUCCACCAUUAUUCUGGGGUCCAGAUGGAAGCUUCAGGGAGAUCAUACAUUCCUAAGAAUUUUGUAGUUUCCAGAUACAACUCAGGAUGGUUUGAACCAACUUCAUUAGUUUGGAAGCGACCGUUUGAAAAGUAUUCAUUGUCUCUGGGGGCAUUAAUGACCUCUAAAUCUCAAGAGGCCUCCAGUAAAUCUCUUGUUGGUGAGGAGAAGGUUGGAGUUUUGUUGCUUAACCUUGGAGGUCCAGAGACACUUGAAGACGUGCAGCCAUUCUUGUUUAAUCUGUUUGCUGACCCGGAUAUUAUUCGCCUGCCAAGAUUGUUCCGUUUUCUUCAAAAGCCCUUGGCACAAUUUAUAUCUGUUCUCAGAGCACCUAAGAGCAAAGAAGGCUAUGCUUCCAUUGGUGGAGGUUCUCCUCUUCGACGGAUAACUGAUGCACAGGCUGAAGAGUUGAGGAAGUUCCUUAAUGCAAAGAAUGUGCCUGCAAAGGUGUAUGUUGGAAUGCGUUACUGGCAUCCUUUCACUGAAGAAGCUAUUGAGCAGAUUAAAAGGGAUGGAAUAACAAAGCUAGUCGUGCUUCCUCUUUACCCACAGUUCUCAAUAUCAACUAGUGGUUCCAGCCUGCGUCUGUUGGAGAGUAUAUUCAAGGAGGAUGAGUAUCUGGUUAAUAUGCAACACACAGUGAUACCUUCAUGGUACCAGCGUGAAGGAUACAUCAAGGCCAUGGCAAAUUUAAUCGACAAGGAGCUACAAAAAUUUGAAUGCCCUGAGAAGGUGAUGAUAUUUUUUAGUGCUCACGGAGUGCCACUUGCAUAUGUCGAAGAAGCUGGUGAUCCAUACAAAGCGGAGAUGGAGGAGUGUGUGGAUUUGAUUAUGGAAGAACUGGAAAAAAGGAAAAUUAAUAAUCCCUAUACUCUAGCUUAUCAGAGCCGAGUUGGACCUGUGGAGUGGUUGAAGCCCUACACUGAUGAGACAAUUGUUGAGCUAGGGCAAAAGGGGAUUAAAAGCCUUCUUGCUGUUCCCAUCAGCUUUGUGAGUGAGCACAUUGAAACUCUCGAAGAAAUUGACGUAGAGUAUAAAGAGUUGGCUUUAAAAUCUGGAAUAGAGAAAUGGGGGCGUGUUCCUGCCCUUGGGUGUGAGCCCACCUUCAUUUCAGAUCUGGCAGAUGCUGUAAUCGAGAGUCUUCCGUAUGUUGGAGCAAUGGCAGUCUCAAAUCUUGAAGCUCGUCAGUCCCUUGUUCCCCUUGGCAGCGUCGAAGAGCUGUUAGCAGCAUACGAUUCACAACGUAGAGAGCUGCCGCCGCCCGUGACAGUAUGGGAAUGGGGUUGGACCAAAAGUGCAGAAACCUGGAAUGGUAGAGCUGCCAUGCUAGCAGUUCUUGUUCUACUGGUCUUAGAAGUGACAACAGGUGAAGGAUUCUUGCACCAGUGGGGCAUAUUGCCUUUGUUCCGGUGAAAACAGGAGCUGCAACUCCGUUUCAACUUUCAAGUGAUUGAAGCUUACUAGAGUAAAGACUUAUCUCAUUUAUACUACUUUAGAAGUCCCAGUCCAUCUUUUCUGCCUUCCUUUACUAUGGUACUUCUGUGAUACGCAAAUUAUGUAUACAUUUGUGAAAUGUGGACACUUGGAUUUGAAGCUUUUGUUUAUGGGGUACAAUUAAUGCUUUCUGCUUCCACAUAUUAUGUAUUUUGAUGGCCAUUGCUGACUUUGCAUUU